AGUAACGCAAAGGCGGUUUUGAUACCUGGAAUUUUGAGAGGAGUGGGAGCUCUACGUCUACCAUGAAAGCACCUCUAGCGUCACCUCUUGAACACCAUUAUCACUGAUGGAUCCAUCUAUUAUCUACACUGAGUGACCCCGGUGAGUGACCCCGGUGACUAGACAGUGGUGGAGCUAGAUGUUGCAAUUGAGAUAACACCAAGAUAAAAGCUGUAUGUUUGAUUUGGUGGCGUAUGUUAGCAUGCGGUCACCAGUGGACGAUGUUAGCUUCGGUCAGCAGCCUACUCGGUUAACGUUACUGUUUGUUAACCUCACCAGCAGCGACACUUUGAUGGCCGAAGGUGAACUCGUUGCUCUCCUGUAAGGUAAAAGAAAGAAAGAGAAACCUCUUCUGACAACAAUUUGGACACCAUGGCCCCACACCCAGUGGUCCAGGCCGUCAUUGACCUCGCAUCAGGAGCCAUAGGGGGAGCUGCAUGUGUCUUUAGUGGACAGCCUCUAGACACAGCAAAGGUCAAGAUGCAGACCUUUCCUACGAUGUACCGCGGUUUCAUCCACUGCGUGUCCUCCACCUACAAACAAGUGGGUCUGCGUGGCCUCUAUCAGGGCACUACGCCGGCGCUGAUGGCCAACAUUGCAGAGAACUCUGUGCUCUUCAUGAGCUACGGCUUCUGCCAGCAGGUCAUCCGCUUCACAGCUGGACUGCAAAGUGAUGCUGUGCUGAGUGACGUGCAGAAAGCCUGUGCUGGCUCAGUAGCAUCCAUCUUCUCCUCACUGGUACUUUGCCCCACUGAGCUUGUCAAGUGUCGGCUGCAAGCCAUGUACGAAAUGGAGGCAUUAGGCAAGAUUGCUAAGAGUCAGAAUACAGUGUGGUCGGUGGUGAAAUCCAUCAUGAGGAAUGAGGGACCGCAGGGCUUCUUCCAUGGCCUGACCACCACCAUAGCCAGAGAAGUCCCUGGUUACUUCUGCUUCUUCGGUGCUUACGAGCUCUGCCGCACCACCUUCGCAGAACAUAUGAAAUGUGACAAAGAUGACAUAGGUAUGGCUCCAAUCGUCUUCAGCGGUGGUUUCGGGGGGGCGUGCCUGUGGCUGGUGGUCUAUCCCAUGGACUGCGUCAAGUCUCGGAUCCAGGUCAUGUCUAUGACGGGCAAACAGGCGGGGUUUUUCCAAACAUUCAUGAACAUCGCUCGUACCGAGGGCGUGAGGGCACUCUACUCUGGUCUGACCCCCACCAUGAUCCGCACCUUCCCUGCUAACGGAGCGUUGUUCCUGGGUUACGAAGCCAGCCGAAAGCUCAUGAUGAAGCAUUUUGACAGCUAAAAUAAAUGAAGGUGCACUGGAAGUGAAGUAUUAUAGCCAUAAAACCUCAUCAAAACUCCAGUUGAAGGUUAUUAUGUGUGGGACAUGGUUUUUGCCAUUUCCUGCUUUUGUUACCUAAAAACUGCCACACUCCAUAUCUUUUUAACCUACUCCUCUGAUAUUGUCUGAUGUUGAGUGUUAACAUAAUUUAAAUCCUUAUAUUAAUUUAUUUUUUAGAUUUAGAUAUAGUUAACUCUCUAAAAAAUGCUAUUGCAUAACAUACAUGAGAAAAAUAUAUGUGCAGCACAGUAUUGAGCAACCUUCAUCAGCCUCUUUUAUGAGGAAUCAUUAACACUCCAGUUUAUUAUUUUAUGUCUACCUCAACAAAGUCCUAUGCGCACAGAAACAUCUUUUUCAGCCAGUCAUUUCAAAUCCUUCUUUACUGGUUCUGGAUGCAGGCACAUGGGUAAGAAAAACACUCCAUUAGGUUGUGAGGUUAAUGCACACAAUCUUAAAACCUUACUUUAAGAUUUUAUUUAGAAAUGUGAAGUGGCUUGUACUAAUUCAUUUAAGUUGCCUAGAAUGUGUUGUGAUGACUUGUUUUCAAUCAUUGAAUCAUUCACAGCUAAGUAUGCUGGAUCACAUCUCAGUUUGUCUCAGUAAAGUGACAGAAAAUGCAAGAUGUUGAAACAUUUUCUUACUUUUCACAUUGAACAGCUUUAACUUUUCAAACUUGACUGACAUGUUUCAUCAGCCUCAAUAGAAACAAACACAGCCAGCAAGUGUGUCAUCAUACUUUUUUAUUCCACUUCUGUUGUGAAGUGUCCACUCUUUUGGGACCCAGCCUUUAAAAUCAUUACACUUUGCCUUUUUUGUUGUGUAUCCUUUAUUGUUCUGUACAAGUCAAUGAGAAGACAUCAACCAUAGAUAUAAAACAUUAUCUAUGAUAUCAACUGCCUCGUCAAAUGUGCCAUAUGCACACUGCGUUCCAUGUGCAGGGUUUUUCCAGUGCUUAGUUGUUGGCAGAAAUCUCAGUCAUAUUCCUUUAAUGUUAAUUUAGAAAUUAAUGUAUUUUAAAAUGCUAGCAAUCUGAGAUGACACUGAAUGUUUGUAUAGAUAUCUAUCAUGAUAUUCAUCGCAGUAAUACUACCUACAUUAAAGGUGUCAUUGAAGAAUAA